UGUAUACACGUAUAUCACUGCCUGUUGUUAAAAUUUGCAUGACCACUUCAAAUUUGAAUUUGUAUAAUUCAUGGUUAAUUUUUUUUUUAAUUGUGGAUGGGACUUGAUUUAUACUGAUUAUGAUAACAAAUGAAGUGCUAUAACAGUCUCAUAAAAUUAAACAUCAAAAAUUAAAAGACAGAAUCUAAACUAGACUGAUGGUGUAAUUGAAAAUGAAUUCACAGAAUCUACUAAAUAAUUUAGAAGAUGUAUUUAUUUAUUCUAAAGAAUAAAGUCUGUGUUGGCCCAGGACAGGAACCAUUCCCAAAGCCAACUUUUCAGACAGGAAUUGGACUGGACAAUGGGAUGGAGAGGGAUGCUGGUAAGGAGUGAGCUUCUUGGAUCAGGUGGACACUUGAGACUAUGUUGGCAUCUCCAGAGACUAUGUUGGCAUCUCCUGUCUGGAGGGGAGAUGAGAGGGUAGAGGGGGUUAGAAGCUGGUGAAAUGGACAUGGAAAGGGAGAGUGGAGGGAGGGAGCAGGCUGUCUCGUUAGGGGGAGAGCAGUUGGGAGUGUGUAGCAAGGUGUAUAUAAGUUUUUGUGUGAGAGACUGACUUGAUUUGUAAACUUUCACUUAAAGCACAAUAGAAAUUAAAAAAAAAAAGGAUAAAAUCUCUUGUAUAGGUAGAAGGUAUUUUAAUUUGUUUUAACUCAUUUGAGUCACUCAACGGACAUUUCAUCAGUGCCAGCUAUAUUGUACGGCACCAUGCUUGGCAAUGGGGAUUCAAAGAUAACUAAGAAAUAAUUCUCGCCCUCAGGAAAUUCAGCCUAGUCAAAUUAGAGAUAUAAACUUAAAUUGCAGUAACCCAAAAAAAAACCAAACCCACUGCCGUCAAGUCGAUUCCGACUCAUAGCGACCCUAUAGACAGAGUAGAGCUGCCCCAUAGAGUUUCCAAGGAGCACCUGGCGGAUUUGAACUGCUGACCUCUUGGUUAGCAGCCAUAGCUCUUAACCACUAUGGCACCAGGGUUUCCUAAAUUGCAGUACACUGUGGUAAUUACCAUAAUAGAAGUAUGACCACAGUAUGGGCGGCACAAAGGAGGGAGCCAGGAACAUUGAAACUUACAAGAGGGAUUACUGAUCUUAAAAUAGUCAUCAGACUAACCUGAUUGGAUUCUGGGGAUAUGCUGAGUGAGAACAGGUUGUGUAAGGUGGUGACAGUCCAGUAAUUCCUGAAACUGUAGCCCCAGAGCCAAGAGUGACUGAUCAGGAAACAGUGCUUACUACAGAGGCUAGGACUGAGGUUCUAGUUACGGUAACAAGUGAACAUUAAAAAAUAAAGGAGCAGAUUCUGAUGGUUGCAAAACUCUAAAUAUACUAAAAAUGAUUGAAUUGUUCACUUUAAAUGGAUGAAAUUCAUGGUAUACAAGUCAUAUUUCAAUAAAGUUGCUAAUAAAGGAAUAACAGACAAAGAUUUCUUAGAUAUGACACAAAAAUCAAGAACCGUAAAAUUAAUAAAUUGGACUUUUAUUAAAAUGAAAAACUUGUUCUUCUAAAGACGUUGUCAGAAAAAUAAAAAGACAAGUCACAGAGUGGGAGAACAUAUCUGAGAUAUAUAUAAAAGAUAAGACUUGUAUCCAGAAUAUAUGGAGAACUCUUAUAAUUCAGUAAUAAGAAAAACAGUCCAAUUAUUUUUUAAUGGACAAAAAAUUUGAACACUUUAUAAAGGAAGAUACACAAAUGGCCAAAAAAGCACUUCAAAAUAUGCUCAGCAUGAAUGUACUCAUCAAACCCCAAAAAACCAAACCUGUUGCAGUUGAGUCAAUUCCAACUCAUAGCAACCCUCUAAGACAGAAUAGAACUCCCCCAUAGGGUUUCCUAGGGGCAGCUGGUGGAUUCAGACUGCUGACCAGUGGGUUAGUAGCUGUAGCUCUUAACCCUCAUGCCAGCAGGGCUCCUGAAUGGUCGUCAGGGAAAUGCAAAUUAAAAACACAGUGAAAUAGUACUAUACUUUCUUUAGAAAGACUCAAAAAGACCAGUAAUUCAAAAUGUUGAAAAGAAUGUGGAUCAGCUGCUUGUGGGAAUAUUAAAUUCCCACAUGGUUUGUGGUAAGGUAAAAAAAAAAAAAAAAAAAAGGUAAAGUGGUAUAAAAACUUCAGGAAAUAUUUUGACAGUUUCUGAAAACAUGUAAUAUUAACUGUGUUGCUGUUGUUAGUUGCCAUUGAGUCCGUUGCAACUCAUGGUGACCCCCAUGUGUGCAGAGUACAACUGUUCUGUGGGGUGUUCAAGCUGUGACCUUUCGGGAGCAGAUCACCAGGGCCGUCUUCUGAAGCACUUCUCGGUGGGUUCGAACCACCAACUUUUUGGCUGGUAGCUGAGCACUUAACUAUUUGCACCACUACCCAGCAAUUCUACACCUAGGUUUUCACGCAAAAGAAUUGAAAACAUUUCCAUACAAAACUUGUUCACAAACGUUCAUAGCAGCUUUAUUUUUAAUAGCCCCAAACUGGAAACAACCCAAAUGUCCAUCAACAGGUGAAUGGACUUAAAAAUUACCUUGUAUCCAUAAAAUGGAAUGUUGUUGUUGUUAUUAGGUGCCGCCGAGUCAGCUCCGACUCAUAAAGACCCUGUGCACGACAGAACGAAACACUGCCAGGUCCUGUGCCAUGCUCACAAUCAUUGUUAUGCAUGAGCUCAAUGUUGCAGCCACUGUGCCAAUCCAUCUCGUUGAGGGUCUUCAUCUUCUUCGCUGACCCUGAGCUUUACCAGGCCUGAUGUCCUCCUCCAGGGACUGAUUCCUCCUGACAUGUCCAAAGAUGUAGAAAAUAUAUUUAGUCGUAUAGUAGAUAUACAUGAACUUAGUGUAAAGUUACUGGGCCACAUAGAAGACACUGUAGAAAUGACAGAUGAAGGCAGUCCCCAUCCAUUAGUAGGAAGCUGCUUUGAAGACUUAGCAGAGGAACUGGCAUUUGAUCCAUAUGAAUCAUAUGCUCGAGAUAUUUUGCGACCUGGUUUUCAUGAUCAUUUCCUUAGUCAGUUGUCAAAGCCUGGAGCGGCACUCUAUUUGCAGUCAAUAGGCGAAGGUUUCAAAGAAGCUGUUCAGUAUGUUUUACCCAGGCUGCUUCUAGCUCCUGUUUACCACUGUCUGCAUUACUUUGAACUUUUGAAGCAGUUAGAAGAAAAGAGUGAAGAUCAAGAAGACAAAGAAUGUUUGAAACAAGCGAUAACAGCUUUGCUUAAUGUUCAGAGUGGUAUGGAAAAAAUAUGUUCUAAAAGUCUUGCAAAACGAAGACUGAGUGAGUCUGCAUGUCGGUUUUACAGCCAACAAAUGAAGGGGAAACAACUAGCAAUCAAGAAAAUGAACGAGAUUCAGAAGAAUAUUGAUGGUUGGGAGGGAAAAGACAUUGGACAGUGUUGCAAUGAAUUUAUAAUGGAAGGAACUCUGACACGUGUAGGAGCCAAACAUGAGAGACACAUAUUUCUCUUUGAUGGCUUAAUGAUUUGCUGUAAAUCAAACCAUGGGCAGCCAAGACUUCCUGGGGCUAGCAAUGCAGAAUAUCGUCUGAAAGAAAAGUUCUUUAUGAGAAAGGUACAAAUUAAUGACAAAGAUGACACGAAUGAGUACAAGCAUGCUUUUGAAAUAAUUUUAAAAGAUGAAAAUAGUGUUAUAUUUUCUGCCAAGUCAGCUGAAGAGAAAAACAACUGGAUGGCAGCAUUGAUAUCUUUACAGUACCGGAGCACCCUGGAAAGGAUGCUCGAUGUGACAAUGCUACAGGAAGAGAAGGAGGAGCAGAUGAGGCUUCCUAGUGCUGAUGUUUAUAGAUUUGCAGAGCCCGACUCUGAAGAGAAUAUAAUAUUUGAAGAAAACGUGCAGCCCAAGGCUGGAAUUCCAAUUAUCAAAGCUGGAACUGUCAUUAAACUUAUAGAGAGGCUUACAUACCAUAUGUACGCAGAUCCCAAUUUUGUUCGGACAUUUCUUACAACAUACAGAUCCUUUUGCAAACCUCAGGAACUACUGAGUCUUAUUAUAGAAAGGUUUGAAAUUCCAGAGCCUGAGCCAACAGAAGCUGAUCGCAUAGCUAUAGAGAAUGGAGAUCAACCCCUUAGUGCAGAAUUGAAAAGGUUUAGGAAAGAAUAUAUACAGCCUGUACAACUUCGAGUAUUAAAUGUAUGUCGGCACUGGGUAGAGCACCACUUCUAUGAUUUCGAAAGAGAUGCAGAUCUUCUGCAGCGAAUGGAAGAAUUUAUUGGAACAGUAAGAGGUAAAGCAAUGAAGAAAUGGGUUGAAUCCAUCACUAAGAUAAUCCAAAGGAAAAAAAUUGCAAGAGACAAUGGGCCAGGUCAUAAUAUUACAUUUCAGAGUUCACCUCCCAGUGUUGAGUGGCAUAUAAGCAGACCUGGGCACACAGAGACUUUUGACCUGCUCACGUUACACCCAAUAGAAAUUGCUCGACAACUCACUUUACUUGAAUCAGAUCUCUACCGGGCUGUACAGCCAUCAGAAUUAGUUGGAAGUGUGUGGACAAAAGAAGACAAAGAAAUUAAUUCUCCUAAUCUUCUGAAAAUGAUCCGGCACACCACUAACCUCACUCUGUGGUUUGAGAAGUGUAUUGUAGAAACUGAAAACUUAGAAGAACGAGUAGCAGUGGUGAGUCGAAUAAUUGAGAUUCUACAAGUCUUUCAGGAGCUGAACAACUUUAAUGGUGUCCUCGAGGUUGUUAGUGCUAUGAACUCAUCACCUGUUUACAGACUAGACCACACAUUUGAGCAAAUACCAAGUCGCCAGAAGAAAAUUUUAGAAGAAGCUCAUGAAUUGAGUGAAGAUCACUAUAAAAAAUACUUGGCAAAACUCAGGUCUAUUAACCCACCAUGCGUGCCUUUUUUUGGAAUUUAUUUAACUAACAUCUUGAAAACAGAAGAAGGCAACCCUGAGGUCCUAAAAAGACAUGGAAAAGAACUUAUAAACUUUAGCAAAAGGAGGAAAGUAGCAGAAAUAACAGGAGAGAUCCAGCAGUACCAAAAUCAGCCUUACUGUUUACGAGUAGAAUCAGAUAUCAAAAGGUUCUUUGAAAACUUGAAUCCAAUGGGAAAUAGCAUGGAAAAGGAAUUUACAGAUUAUCUUUUCAACAAAUCCCUAGAAAUAGAACCACGAAACCCUAAGCCUCUCCCGAGAUUUCCCAAAAAAUACAGCUAUCCCUUAAAAUCUCCUGGUGUCCGUCCAUCAAACCCAAGACCCAGUACCAUGCGACACCCCACACCUCUGCAGCAGGAGCCAAGGAAGAUCAGUUAUAGUCGGAUCCCCGAAAGUGAGACCGAAAGCACAGCGUCCGCACCAAAUUCUCCAAGAACACCGUUAACUCCUCCUCCUGCAUCUGGUGCUUCCAGCACCACGGACGUUUGCAGCGUCUUUGAUUCUGAUCAUUCAAGCCCUUUUCACUCAAGCAGCGAUACCGUCUUUAUCCAAGUUACACUGCCCCAUGGCCCAAGAUCUGCUUCAGUAUCAUCUAUAAGUUUAACCAAGGGCACUGACGAGGUGCCUGUCCCCCCUCCUGUUCCUCCACGAAGACGACCAGAAUCUGCCCCGGCGGAAUCUUCGCCAUCUAAGAUGAUGUCUAAGCAUUUGGACAGUCCCCCAGCAAUCCCUCCUAGGCAACCUACAUCAAAAGUCUAUUCACCACGGUACUCAAUGUCAGACCGGACCUCUGUGUCAGACCCUCCUGAAAGCCCUCCCUUAUUGCCACCACGAGAACCUGUGAGGACACCUGAUGUUUUCUCAAGCUCACCACUGCAUCUCCAGCCUCCCCCUUUGGGCAAAAAAAGUGACCACGGCAAUGCGUUCUUCCCAAACAGCCCGUCCCCCUUCACACCGCCGCCUCCUCAAACCCCUUCUCCUCAUGGCACGAGAAGGCAUCUGCCAUCACCACCACUGACACAAGAAGUGGACCUUCAUUCCAUUGCUGGGCCGCCCGUUCCUCCACGACAAAGCACUUCUCAGCAUAUCCCUAAGCUCCCUCCAAAAACUUACAAAAGGGAGCACACACACCCAUCCAUGCACAGAGACGGACCGCCACUGUUGGAGAAUGCCCACUCUUCCUGAGUUCCCGUCUCGGGGUGUACGCUUCCCUAGCCCCAAAUCCAUUGCUGGCAAUGGAUGCACUGAGCGUGCCAGCACGGAGGGCUACAAUGAGAGCUCCAAACACUAAUGACUCUGCUUCCAGAUGCAGUAGGAGACAGUGGAUUUUAACCUAGACGUAAUUAUACAACGACAAUGGUAUUCCAGUUUAGAAUACGGAAAGACUGUUUCAGAGGAAUUGGACAACUGACUGCACCUGAAAAUCAAGUAAAGGGACUUUUUCCAGCCACUAGGCAGGAGCCCUCUUUUUGUGAAGUGAUCUUUAUCAUUAAAGGGAUGGAAAACACAGUCUAGUGUCCAGCAGGCCCACACAAUGACAGUUUUUGUAAUUCAAAAUAUUAUGCACUUUUAAAGAAAAAAAAAAAAAACUCAAACAG